CUGACCAAUCUUGUCUGUGCAUGCCUGUGUUCGCCUGCAACUACUCAACUUCUGCUCAAAAUCCUGAAACAUCUGAGCAGAGAACUCUCUCUCUGCAGAGCAGUCAGAAGGAGACAGAAUUACCUAAAAUUUGCAAAAACCCUGACGGUUAUUCCCAUGCCCCAACAUGCAGACUGGAUAUACAAGUUUGUCUGUUUCAGUGAUAUACUUGUGGCUUUUGAUUUUAGUUGAACUUGCAAAAGCAGAGCAGAACAUGGAGGGGAACACAACCGCUUCUCAGAAACCCAUCCGUCAGUCCCGGUUUCUUUGUUCUGGUGAACAGGAGUAUGUUCACAAGAGAAAAAAGGUUGUUCUGGAGUCACUCAGCAGCCUAGGAAUCAACUGUAGUGAAGAUUCGGUUCCCCACAUCACUCUGUUGGCAUCAGGUGGGGGUCAGAGGGCAGCUGUGGGUCUGGUGGGGUCCCUCUAUCAGAUGGCAAAGGACGAUCUGUUGGACACUGUGCUUUACCUUGGAGGAGUUUCUGGAUCAACGUGGUCCAUGUCCACCAUCUACAGUGACCCACAGUGGAGCAUCAGCAUGGACGCAGCAGUGUCCCAGCUGUCAGGUCCCGGGGUGGAGCUGCAGGAGGCUUUGGCCUGGUUGGGUGAGAGGGCGAAGGAGGAGCACUUCUCCCUCACUGAUAUCUGGGGAGUCUUAACUUCUGCUGGGAUCAUGAAACAGAUGGACUUACGGCGUCUUUCAGAUGAGGCCAGCAGAAAUGCCACUAACCCUUACCCCAUCUACAGUGCUACAGAGAAGUACUGCUUCUCAAACGGGCCCAUAGAAGGGAAAUGGUUUGAGGUGAGCCCUCAUGAGGCGGGUUUUACAGAAUUGGGUCUCUUCAUUGAAACGUCUCUCCUGGGCAGCAAAUUCGAGGGAGGAGAGCUGCUGGAGCGGAAGCCAGAAAUGGACAUGGUCAAACUUCAAGGUGUUCUUGGUUGUGCGUUAGCUCAUGAGGAUGCGAUCAAAGACUUCCUCCCCCCCUGGCUGAAUGUGCCUGGACAGGUAGAUGGCGCUGCUGAAGAGUACAUGCGUGUAUACCACGCCCUUGUAACAGUAGUAGCCAUGACCAGAAGCACCGUAAAGGAUCCUACUGCUCUCUCAGACCUCGAUAACCUGCAGAAAAUACUAGAAGAAAUGUUCAAUGAUAGUCAGUCAGCAUGGCAAGUGUCAAAGAGUUCAGAGGAAAGAAAAAGUCUUGCUCAGCAGUUGAGUCUGAAGCUGCUGAAUGAGGUAGAGAUCUGGAGCCAGGGUCUAGAAGAAGGAGCUUUCAAGACACAUGUCUCUCUGCUUAUUUCACAAGUUCUUCCCAAGAUUAUGAAAUGGGAGUGGGGAACUACAGAAAACUUCCUCUACCAAUACCAAGAUUCCACAGUUCCACCAUGCCUCGUCACUAAAGACAGGAUCAACCUGAUAGACGCCGGGCUGGUGAUCAACGUAGCCUACCCUCCAUUUCUGGGAAACAAGAGAGAUAUAGACCUCAUCAUUGCACCCGAGUACAGUGCUGGAAAUAUAUUUGAGACACUGACCUUUGCCAGAGACUAUGCAGCCGAGGUGAAUAAAUCUUUCCCAGAGAUAGAUGACAAAGUCCUUGAGGAGAGAGAAUGGCCAAAAGACUGCUACGUGUUUGAGGGAAAUGAGACUGAGCUCUCCAUCAUUUAUAUGCCACUCUUCAACAGAAACAACUGCAAAGAUGCAGAGGAGGUCAAAGCAAGGAUGGACGAGUUCUCCACCUUCCAGCGUCCCUUCAGCCAGGACAAGAUUGAGUUUGUGUUGGAGACAGCGAAAGCCAACAUGAAGAACAACAAGCACAUUUUGCUAAGGGAGAUCAACAAGGCUGUUCUCCGCAGGCAGAACAAGAGGAAGUCUUUUUUGCCAGCAUGCCCUUUAGUCUAGUUUCUAGCAUAGUGAACCCGGACAUGUUGAGUACCCCAGAGUUUUAUGAUAGAAAUGUAUGGUAUGUUGCCUGUACAUAGAAACUGCUGGAUGAUAACUUGCAUACGUUGGGUAAUUUGCACAAUUAUCAUAGGUUGGGUUAGUUGGCAGUAAUUACAGCCUAUGUUAACAAUAGUUAAAAUGGCUUGGCUGAUUUUGACAAUUUUGGAGUGGUUUGGGGGUUAUUGAGGAUGUCCAUUUCUGACAUUUUCAGGAUCAAAAAUGGCAGCUUAAACCAGAAAGUGGCCAUAUUUGUUCUCUCGGUGGACUGAUGACUAUACCAUGAGUAGUUUUGCGACCAUUGGAUAUGGAGAGCAAAAGAUGAGAUUUAUAAUCUCUACUGUGGACAAUUUAUUUUCAAACAGAUAAGCAAUCCGUCCAAUCCAAAUGAUCCAGAGUCCCCUAGAUCUUAAAAAUCUACCCAAAAUGAAUCAAAAUCAGCCCACAGUAGAGUAAGUUGUUGACAUAAUUGUACUUUUCUUGAGAUAUUCCAUUUAAUCAUACUCUAUACAUUUGUAUUCUACUACAAUUGAUUAAAGCAAAUAUUAUCCUU